GUUGCGUCAUUGUAGUUUCGGAGUUCGAACGAAGCAUACUUUAUUCUCAGUGACAUGGCUCGUACUAAGCAGACUGCUCGUAAAUCUACGGGUGGGAAGGCUCCACGGAAACAGUUAGCUACCAAAGCUGCUCGUAAGAGUGCGCCUGCAACGGGAGGAGUGAAAAAACCUCAUCGUUAUAGGCCUGGAACUGUAGCUCUCAGAGAAAUUCGAAGAUAUCAGAAGAGUACGGAACUCUUGAUCCGUAAAUUACCUUUCCAACGUCUCGUUCGUGAAAUAGCACAAGACUUCAAAACGGAUCUUCGUUUCCAAAGUUCUGCUGUGAUGGCUUUGCAAGAAGCCAGCGAAGCUUACCUUGUUGGACUUUUCGAAGACACUAACUUGUGCGCUAUUCAUGCCAAACGAGUUACAAUCAUGCCGAAGGAUAUCCAACUCGCUCGCCGUAUUCGUGGAGAAAGAGCUUAAAUUUUAGGCUCCACCUUUUAUAACAAUCGGCCCUUUUCAGGGCCCAAUUUUUUUUUCAAACGAAGAACACUUUCGUGAUCAUUUUAUUAAAAUUUCAAAUGCACUCAUUAUGAAAUGUAAUUUCCACCUUUUAAAAAGAAUCAUUAAAUCAGGUUCAAAAAAAUAUUUUACCCAUAAAAGUCAAAUCUUGAGCGUAUAUUGUAAUACACUCAAUUUGGAAUUUAGUUCAAAAGUAGUUACGUCUUAUAUAAAAACUAAUUUUAUAAACGUGUCAUAGAUACAAGGGAUUGAGAUUUUCUAAUGCAAGAUACAUCCCAAGUAUUCGACAGAAUGCCUGAAACGAAUGUGUGCCGCUAUGUACGUUGGUGCUGUUCUUUGUAGCUGUACAGUUUGUAUUUGAGUAAAAUUCCGAACAUGUCAAUAAUAACUUGUCCAGCCGUUCUAAAAUGCCGUAUUGAUCAUAAAGAAUUGACGGAUCAACGGCAACAUCUCCAGAGUACUAAUCUAUUUCGUAAUAUAUUCAGUAUUAAAAAAUAAGAAGUUAUCUUAAAUUUAUAUGACAACGAUAUACACUAAUGCAUAACUACAGAUUAUCCUUUUACAUUAUUUAUUUAUUGCAUUCGUACAUACACUAAUUACAAUUUAACGAUUUUACACAUUUUGCGAUAUACAUGUCCUUAAACCUGUACUGUCGAGUUUUUUCAGGAAUAAAAAGAACUGUUAAAUUAAGUUAUACAUGAACUUGUUGUUAGUUAUGAACCUGUACAUUGGG